AUGGCUAAAGGUCCAGGCGAGCUCUUGAGCCCCGUCCGCUGGGCGUUCGUCGUAGGAGUACCUCUGGAGCUUGAGCUCGCGCUGCAGCUUAAGGUCUUGGCGGAGAAUGUGUUCGGCCGAAGAGCAGGAUGUCGACCACCUUGUCCUGCGCUGCAUAAGUCUCCCCGUCACGCCGAGGGCACCGACUUCUCGACUGCCCUGGGGCUCCCCGACUCUGCCAGUAAUGCCACCAGCGACACGGCGAGGACUCUCGGUUCACUGGACGGCGUUUACGACACCAGGAGUUCCAACACGAAGGAUCACCGCAAGAACGAGAUGCGACAAUCGCUGCCGUCUGGGUCGUCCCUGGUGUUUGUCAACGCAAGUACCACGUUCCGUUGUCGCACUGUCGGCUACUUCGCCGACACGGAUACCAACUGCCGACUCUAUCACGUCUGCCACCGCGUGCCUGGAUCCCAGUCGACCUUCUUCUACAGGUACUCCUUCCAGUGCCACAACAAAACAGUCUUCAACCAGGCCACGCUGACAUGCACUAACCCGGACGAGUCGCUGCCGUGCGAGAUGUCCAAGGACUUUUACUUCCUUCACGGCAACGAGCUGGACGACUCGGACUACAACUCGGACGGCGACUUCCUGGAGGACCUGUUCGAGCCCGACUUCCACGUCCCCGUGUACGAGCCGCUGCGUGAGGAGCCGAGUGUGUCUCGGGAGCGUCAGGAAGACGAGCUGGACGACUUCCUGCUCGACGCCUGGGCACCCGUUGAGACUCAACCGCUUGAAGAGCGCGAGCAGUUCGGUCGCAGGCUCAGCAAGACGUCCCGCGAGGGACGGGACCAGUCGCGCGCUCAUUCCGUCGACCCUUGAAACUAUAACGGCCCGUCAGGGCACUUUGGUUCGGACUCAAGCCCGUAAAAGCCUCCAAGCAACGUCCCAAAACGAACCGUUUGUCACUGUAUAUAGCUCCAAUCGUAACUCCAACGGCCGUGCGCUCACACUUUGACCUCAAAGCAUCGAUCAGUUUUUCUCCGAAGGACGCAGCUUACACUUAAGCAGGAAAAAAAUUGCCAGAUUUCCUCCAGAUUUCCUGCCCUGGCACGCCGCCGCCGUCUCUUUUACGCGAGAUGAACUAAGUCGGAUAGUUGUAGUUACUUAUUUUAAUUUGUAUUUAUACCUUAAACGCCCCAUUUACCGGGCGUUAGAUGACGGGUGAUGUUAUACAAGACACUUCGAGCGGGAUAGCAGAGCGCCGCAAGCAGUUCUGCUUAGUUUCUUCUUGUCAAAAUGUCUUUUUUCUUUCUGACAGGUAUUAAGCUAUGCAGAAAAACACGUGACCGUGGCCCUCUUCUCGAUUCUCAUCUACCGAAAAGUCCACUUUUCAAAGCUUAUGUGUACAACUCAUUAAAGACGACGCUUACCAACGAAGAUGGGGUACUGAAAAGGAAAAAAAAUAUAUGUACGAUGGA